AGGUUUGGCUGGAUGACCGAAUGGCAGCUUUUACGCAGAGGGUUGUCUCACCUGCUGAAUCGCAGUCCUCCAGUCGGCACAACGCUCUCACCUCCAAUUAACAUCCAGCCCUGCGAGGUCAGCGCCGCGUUUCCCAGCGUCUCCUGGUUUCACUGGUUUUGUGCCUCUGAUGCGACGAGCCCGCGGGCAUCCUGCCGUGCCCCCUGCGCGUGGAUGGUCUCAGCCAGAGCAGAGCGAACAAAGCGCAUCGAGUCCCUCCAGAGAACCGCGUCCCCCUCCUAAAAAAAACCCCACAGCAGGGAUGUUUGUUGUCUGUAAGUACUCCGGAUAAUCCUCUGUUGUUUCCCCCCCCGGUUGUUAGGUUUCCUUGUGUGUAGUUCACGGGGAGAGAACGCACUGUGAAGGAUGGAUACGCUCUUUUUUAGCCCGACGGAUAGGCAUUUAAUUUAGGGAACACCCGAUGCCGCUGCUGGACAGAAGUAAUGGGCAGAUUUUGGACCGCGCCGGACUCGUUAUUGGUUUCCUGGGAGUAGAAGAGGCCUGUGUUCGAUGCUCGAAGACAGAAACAACCGCACAGUUCUGCAGCAAACACACAAACCGUGAUUUCUGUCCCCCCCCACCCCAAGGCGUGAAUUGCCAGAUUACAAACACACGUCUGUGAAUAUACUGACACGCGCGUAAAACCGACAGAACUAUGGAGCACACCGGGAUCGAGGAGGUGAACCAGACGCACCAGCAGCAGCAUGAGCCCAUCAGCUUCGGGAUCGACCAGAUCCUUAACAGCUCGGACCAGUCCAGCGGCUGCAUGCUGCCCAACCGGACCAACGGCGACCCGGAUUACGCGCUGGCCCCCAACGUCUACAGCAACGGGUACAACAGCGUCUACAACCCGGCCUGCUCCAUGGCGGCGGCGGCGGGUCUGGCCGGCUCCUACAACGUCAACAUGAACAUGAACGUCAGCAUGAACAUGAACAUGAACGUUAACGUGAACUCGGGCGGUGGCGCCGGCGGGGUGAUCCGGGUGCCGGCGCACAGACCCAUGCCGCCGCCGCCGUCCUCCGUCGCCGCCGCGCCGCAUCCGCCCCCCUCAGGGCAUCCGCCGGGCAUCGGACCCGGCAUCGCCUCGGUGCCCGGUAUGGGGAUGGGCAACUCGGCCAACUUCACCUUCCCGUGGAUGGAGAGCAGCAGGAGGUUCGCCAAGGAGAGACUAACAGGGGAGCAGGCAGAGGAGAGCCGAAUUGGAGAGGCCACAGGGGGGCCGGGGGCCGGGUCCCUCUGUCAUCUCCCCAAGGGAGACAUCGGCAGGGUCCCUGUCUGGAGCACUGUGGAGACGUUAGCUAAAUGCUAUUACCCCGAGCUCGCUCACCUGCGAGACGGCAGUGGCCUCCUAGCAGACUAUCCUUUCCCUAAGGGGGCUUGCCCAGCUGCCCUCUCGCCCUUCUCUGUGACCCGGCGUAUCGGCCACCCUUACCAGAACCGCACGCCGCCCAAGAGGAAAAAGCCUCGCACCUCCUUCAGCCGGGUGCAGAUCUGCGAGCUGGAGAAACGCUUCCACCGCCAGAAGUACCUGGCGUCGGCCGAGCGCGCCACCUUGGCCAAGGCCCUGAAGAUGACGGACGCACAAGUCAAGACCUGGUUUCAGAACAGACGGACAAAAUGGCGGAGACAGACUGCAGAGGAGCGAGAGGCAGAGCGGCAGCAGGCCAACCGGCUGAUGCUGCAGCUUCAGCAGGAAGCCUUCCAGAAGACGUUGAGCCAGCCUCUGCAGCCCGACCCACUCUGCCUGCACAACUCCUCCCUCUACGCCCUGCAGAACCUGCAGCCCUGGGCAGAUGACAAUAAGGUGACCUCCGUCACCUCCGUGGCAUCUGUAGUGUGAGCGUGUGUGUAAGUGUGAGUGUGAGUGUGCGUGUGUGUGUUUGUGUGUGUGUGUGCGUGUGUGUGUGUAGGACACAGAGAAAAAGAGAGAGGGGGAUAAGGCAGGGAAUGAAACGUCUGUAUCAAGUUGACAGCAGAUAGAAUGGACAAAAUAGCACAGCAGCAUUAUGGGAUUGUUAUAGAUACAGGAAAGUAUUUGAAUGGACGUCAGUCAUUGAUCGUUACCAGCAAAAUGGUGGGGGAGCAUGUGUAGAGAGAGAGAGAGAGAGAGAGAGAGAGAGAGAGAGAGAGAGAGCAGCUAUCUGUUUCUGCCCAGAGCUACAGAACCCAGUCAGUGGACUUCCCAGCUCUGCAGCCGCACUGGCCUCACUGGUUGUCACAGAUUGAACAGCUGUUACCGUAACUUUCUAAAAAUGUGUUGAGUCAUUCUCCUGCCUUACACCAAGUUUCCGCUUUCCCUUCAGCUGACGGUCUAAAAGAGAGGAGGGCACUUUACCCCCUAAGUGCCGGGACACAAAUGGACACCUCUGUACAUGCCCACCUAUCAAGACUGUCCCCCUCUUUUGCCUCCGGAUCCCUCACGAGGCGGCAGAGACGUUUCUGCCACGAAUGGCAACAAAAUAAAAAAGAGACCUCCUGUUUUUUUUUUCGCUUUUCGACUUUGUACAAUGUAGUAAAUGCAUGUUUCAACCCCUUUUCUGUGUGCACUCGGAAAGUACCGCUGAAGUCGGCUGCCGUCGAGGCCGAGCUCCUCAGCGGUCACGUGGUAGUGGAUCGGUGGAACUGCUGAUCAAAGAUUUCCUCAUUAUGUUCAAUUUAAAGGUGUUUUAUAUUAAAUGAUAUUGUGACUUUUUGAAAAGAUGACAGACCUUUCUGGGUUUUUUUUUUUCUUGCCUCUCUUUCCUCACAGUGUUUGUCACCAUUAUGAAAAAACCAUGCAAUAAUGCUUUAUGAUUUUAGAGAGGUAGUUAGCCUCGUGGGAGUUGGCGAUGAUUACACACGAAUGUUUCAUAACCACCCGAAGGUGAGAUAGCAUCAGAGUGCAUCAAAAGGACAGAGCAAUACCUUCACUUCUCUUUAUACAUAAAAACUGAUGACUGCAGCUCCCAUGUGUGAACGUGAAGCGAGGCGUCGCCCGAAAAGCUGCCUCUCUGGGUAAAUAAAGGCACGGAGAGCGAUGCCAGCUCAAAUUAGAAUGAGAGCGCUGGAGAAAGUACAAGUUGUGCAGCCGCCAAGUGAAACACAAGUUGUGUUUAUGUUUUUGUUCCAGUGAUUUCAGUGGAACACGUUCACCGAGGACUCAAGCUGCUUCAGUUCUUCUUGCACAGUGUGAGAAACAACUUGAGCGAGACUGACAUGAUCGGUCACAGCAAACAAGAAGCUACAGUUAAUUUUUUCCAAUAGUUUAUUUUUGCUCUGAAUCAAACGUGUCAUGGUCACGAUUAGGGUUGCAAAAUUCCGGUAAUUUUCAAAGUUGGAAACUUUCCAUGGGAAUUAACUGGAAUAUACGGGAAUAUAAGGGAAUAUACGGGAAUUAACGGGAAUUAACGGGAAUUAACGGGAAUUAAUGGGAAUUAACGGGAAUAAACUGGAAAUUGUGUUGGUAAUUUAUACUAACUGUAUUUACCUUGUCAUAUACAGACAUAAAUAUAAACAUUUUGUUUUGUCAUAGGCUGAUUUGAGCCCUGAGGAAACUUUGGGGACUUGACUAUAUGCUUCUGCAUCUUUGUGUCAUUCUUAACAUAGGUCUUUGCACAGUAUUUGCAAAUGUACACAGCCUUUCCUUCUACAUUGGCUGGGGUGAAAUGUCUCCACACAUGAGAUAGUGCACGUGGCAUUGUUAUGUAGAAUAAGAUGAGAAAAAAGCUUGUAAAAAAACACUAAUGCAAUGCCAGAGAUAUAAAGAGUUGGCCAAACGAUUGGAAUCGUCUUAAAAAAUAUUUUACACUUGAUGGAUAGAUGAAUAGAAAGAGGCUAGAUGGACAGAUGACAAAUAAUCAAUCAGCAUGCUAAUAUAUUUUCCCCAUUAAUAUCAUUGAAACUUACCUGACUAGUCCUGCACACUACAGCAGGCCUCAAUAGUCCUGCUGUAGUGUGCAGGAUGCUGGGAAUUAUCUUGUGAUGGAGAAAUGCAAAUUGGAGGGGUUUUUUUUUUAUAUCCCAAAAUUCCCGAGCUUAAUAUCUCCAUGGAAAGUUUCAAUAAAGUUCCCAGAAAUUUACCGGAAAUUUUCCGCCCCUUUGCAACCCUAGUCACGAUUCAUCUUGCAGCUGGUCCGUCUGGUUCCAGGCUAAAAACAUUUUAUAAGGUUUUUUAUGUAACGUAAAUUUACAUCUGGGACUAGAGCUGUUCAAAGUGUGGGCCGUCACCAUCUAUUACCUGGGAAAUUCAAUAAAGCUGCACCAGAUUCUACACA